GCAUUGUUGGCCACCGCGUCCAUCGCAGACCGUCCUAUAAGUCCCCGCUCCCGACGAUGUGUGGAAUCCUAGGCCUCCUCCUUCACGACCCUUCGAUCGAUGCUGCUUCUGAGAUCUGCGAAGGCCUCGCUCUUCUCCAGCAUCGCGGCCAAGAUGCCUGCGGCAUCGUCACCUGCGGCCCGAAGGGACGCUUCUACCAAUGCAAGGCGAACGGGAUGGUCAGGGACGUCUUUGACGCCUCCGCUAUUGCCAGGCUCUCCGGCGGAAUGGGUGUUGGCCAUGUGCGCUAUCCGACUGCCGGCAGCUCGAACCACGCCGAAGCGCAGCCUUUCUACGUGAACUCCCCCUACGGUAUCGUCAUGGCCCAUAACGGCAACCUGAUCAACACGGCAAACCUCUUGCACAUGAUGGACGCCGUCGCGCACAGGCACAUUAACACCACCUCUGACUCCGAGCUCCUGCUGAACAUCUUCGCGGACAACCUCCAGAAGACCGGCAAGUUCCGUAUCAACGAGGAGGAUAUCUUCACCGCCGUCGGCGGGCUCAUGCAGCAGGUGAAGGGCGCGUACGCGUGCGUCGCCAUGCUUGCCGGCUUUGGGAUCAUCGCGUUCCGCGACCCGAACGGCAUUCGCCCUCUCGGGAUGGGUUGGCGCAAGGCCCUGGGCGGUGGCGCAGGCAAGGACUGGUUGUUCGCGAGCGAAAGUGUUGUCGCAGACGCUAGCGGGUUCGGCGACUGGGAGGACGUCCGUCCGGGCGAAGCCAUCAUCAUCACCCGGAACGGUGUGACCAGGAGGCAGGUCAGCGCACCCGCCACCUUCGCGCCCGACAUCUUCGAGUAUGUCUACUUUGCGCGUCCCGACUCCGUUUUGGACGGCGUUAGCGUGUACCGGAGUCGCAUGGCGAUGGGCGACGCACUCGCGGAUGAGGUCAAGCGCGUUCUAGACGAGCACAAGCUUUCCGUGGACGUCGUGAUCCCCGUCCCCGACACCUCUCGGGUCGCCGCGCUCAACCUAGCGCAGAAGCUGCAAUUGCCGUAUCGCGAAGGGUUCAUCAAGAACCGGUAUGUCGGCCGUACGUUUAUCAUGCCCGGCCAGCAGAUGAGGCGGAAGAACGUCCGAAAAAAACUCAACGCGAUGGCUCUCGAGUUCUCUGGCAAGAAUGUCCUCAUCGUAGACGACUCCAUUGUACGUGGCACGACCUCGAAGGAGAUUAUCCAAAUGGCGAAGGACGUUGGCGCGAAGAAGGUCAUCGUCGCGAGUUGCGCACCGCCUAUCCGUCACGUCAACGUGUACGGCAUCGACAUGCCCUCGCGCGUCGAGCUCGUCGCGCACAACCGCACGCCUGAGGAGAUUGCAGAAGCGAUAGGCGCAGACCUCGUCAUCUUCCAGACGCUCCCCGAUCUCGUCGCGUCUGUGCGGCAGUUCAAUCCCGCGCUCGAGGCGUUCGACUGCUCCGUCUUCACGGGCGAGUACGUCACCGGGGGCGUCGACGAGGCGUACUUCAACUCGCUCGAGGACCUCCGCUCGGACAACAUGAAGCGCCAGGCCGAGGGCGGCGGGCUCGGCGCGUUGGAGGGCAAGGGUGGCGGCGCGGUCAAGCAUGACCAGCCGGGCGAGAGCAAGGAGAUGGCGAUGGGCUGCAGCGGACCGAUGAACGGCGCGGACAGUACCGUAGGGUUGCAUAAUUCCUUCUCGCUGUCAUGAUAAUCGCAGUAGGGAGCUGGAGCGGGGCUGCCGGGAUUAGGGGGUUGUAGACAGAGCAGUAUACAGAAAGUGUACUCUAUAGACAUUCAUGCCUUUCGAGCAUAGAGAAUUGUACUCAUGACCAAAAUGCUAUCCUAUAC